GCAGCCCGCGCCGAAUCCGUCCUGCCUUCGCCGGGUCGCGCCACGCCGGGCUCCGGGCGCAGGACAGCGCCUCACCCGUUCCCUGCGGACGGCCCCGGACCGGCAGCCGCACCGGGGAGAUGUCUGGCGGCCGGAGGAGAAGCGGCGCCCCCUGGCACACCUUCUCCCGGUUCUUCGCUCCCCGAAGCCCUUCCCGGGACAAGGAAGAGGAAGAGGAGGAGAGGCCGGGGACGAGCCAGCCGCCCGCUGCAGGCCAGGGCGCUGCCAGAAUUGCUCAGACCUUGGCCACUUCCUUACCUCUUUACCUGGAAGAGGACGUGUCCCUAAUCCUCUUCAAGGCUAAUACUUCCCCUUUAUUAUUAGAAAAAGUAUUAGAGACUCUACUGGUCUCUUUAUCUCACCUUAUGCUUUUCACUCUGGGACCUGGCAUCCUUCUCUCAUGUACAGCAGUUACUGUCUUUCCAAUUCCCCAAAGUGAGGACAAAAAGAACCAUGCUGAGAAGCUAAUCACUCCUCCAACGCAGGAAGAUUCCAAAAAGCCAAAUGACCUUUCCCGUUCCACCUCAGAUACCAAAAUAGGAGAAAACGAUAGACAGCCAAAAGAAAGCUUUUUUCAGUUUCUUGGUAACUUAUUCAAUAUCUCAGGAAAAUCAUCUCUUGGUGAUGCCAAGCAAUCUUCUUUCAAAGAUGACCAUGACAGAACUGAGAAAGAUCUACAGAAUCCCAGUGACCAUCCUGAGGAAGGAGUCAAAAGGGAGAGGGAGAUUUUCGGUGGCUCCCUGGGAACCCAGGCGCUUCCAGCAGAAGAACCUGAGUCCAACUCAGCUGAAACAUCAGAUGCCUUUUCUUUGGAUACAACACAGGACAGUGAACAGGAAACCAGUGAUUUACUAAAACAACGUAAACCAGAGAGGCCGUCAGUAACGUAUGCAACAUAUCGAGGCCCCAGGCAAAUUAGGAAAUAUUUGAAGCACCAGAUUGCAUUGGAAACUGUGACUCCCUCGGACGGAGAAAAUGAAAGUUCUGACUCUAGCACAAGCAUCCACAUUGGCCCUGGAAGUGAGACGGAGGCUAGGAUGGCGUCGUCAUUGUCAUCAGCUAGCACGGACUUAUCUAUGAAAGGACAUUUGCUCAAAGGCCUGUCAGAAGACUCUGAUUGUAGCAAAAUAAAUCUUAACACAGAAAGCCAUCUGACAAACAACCCAGAUUUGCCCAAUACUGCUUUUUCUAAGGAUGUUUUAAAUAAAAAUGAUCUUGGGGGACCUGUGAGAAGUAGGCCAUCCCCUUCUUCUGGGACUAACUCCAGCUCUGUUAGAGAAUCUGAUUCACAGCACCAUUUAAAUGGUGCACCAGUUUCUCAGACUGACAGGAAUUUGGUAUGUUCAGCAUUGUUUAUAGGAAGUAAUGGUAGCAAAGUUCCUUGCAGCCCAGAUUUUCACGGGGUAACUACAACAGAAACUACAGUGAAGGAUGUCAGCUCAGUGAUGAGUGAUGGGACCUUGGUGCAAAGAGAACAUGUUGAGCCUGUGAGCCCAGCUAUUUCUGACUUCUCUUGUAGGAAAUCUGAUGGGAGCGACACUACCAAAGAGGGAAGUUUGCCAAGUUCAAAUAAAUCAAUUAGGCUCGAAGAUCCACAGUUGCCAGAGAGUAAGUGUUCUGACAAGCAAACCGCAGAUAACUCAGCAAAGCAGGCUGCCAAUCACACCAACAUCCCUGCUCUUCAGAGACAUGCUGUGACAGACACAGAACUUGUAAAUGAAGGAAAUAGAUUGUCUGCCCAAGACUCACAGAAAAAUUUGGCUGCUAGAAAAAUCAGACAAGAAACAGAAAACACCUUGGUUGGUGAACCCAGAGCUUCAAGUCUCAUAAAAGCUCCGAAAGGUAGAAUUGAGCCAUUACCCAAAGAUACUGACCAGUUUAUAACAGAAGCCAGAAGGCCCGAUUUUAGGCCACAUGGCAAAAUGCCUCGUAUGGUUAGAAUAAAUCAAAACAACCCUGCCUCUGUAAAACACAUCAGUGAAUCAGCCAUUGUAGCAUGCUUAGAAAGUAAAAUAGCACCUGAACUGAAUUUUGAACCUAACCGAAAGCACAUUUCAGAAUCUCUUCUUGAUUCUGAGAGUCUUCAACAAGCCAAAGCAUCACCUGGUGUCAGAACAUCUCUUACCCUUGACUGUAAAAAAUCAGAUUUCAGUAUUUCAUCUCCUACCUUUGUUUCCAGAGUUGGUAUGCCAAGCAAGUUAGAUAUUCCUGUUUUAAAGGAUGAAUGUUCUGUGCUCACCGAAACUGGGGAUGUCAACAUUGUUGAUAUUUCCAAUCAGCCUAGUCAGUGUCAAGAAGAAAACGUGGCAAAUCGUGUUGAGGCAGCAGAUGGGAAGAGGCCUCCUGCUUGCCUUCGUCUUGGGCAUGCCUCUGCAACUCUUGAAUCCAAGGAAGUUCUUCCUGAUGGCAAAAAAUGCCACGUUCCACUAGAUCUUACAGCCAGAGAUGUUCAUGUAACCAGAGUGGACUCGAGAUUGGAGUCUGAAAGCCUCUCUGAGGACCACAGUUCCAUUUCAUCUCAAGACCUUACUAAAGCAGAAUUGAUGCUUUCAAACACUAGAGCAAGUAAGAGCACCAUAGAGAAGUCUGAUUUUCUUUCCUUGGAAACCAAACCUAACAUUGCCAAAAUUUUCUCAAAAGUGGAAGUUGAUGGUCAGAACAAUGGUCCUGUUGAGUUGCAUUCUGGAAGAGAAAACACUGUAGCCCUCUCCAAGAUAGCUGUUUCCCAAACAGAGCCCAGAUACAUCUCUCAGGAUAAAAUUUCUUCUCCAUUUGAAGUUACAGAUAUGCCAGGAAAGCUUACUUUAUCGGAAUUAGCUUCCCAAGAGGUUGAACAGGACAAAAGUUUUCAAUCGAUGGAUCAUAAGGAGAUAAAAGAAAAAUAUUCAACUUCUGGCCUUGCAGAGAAUUGUCAAACUGAAGUUUCUCUUCCUGCCUCUAAAUAUCAAGGUAUUCAGGAAACAGAGGCAGAAGCCUUAGUUUAUCUUCCUGCUUUUCCCAAAAGUAAUACAUCUGAGAUUUUACCUCCUCUUCGUAAUGAAAAAGUCACUAGGCAAAUGGCACAGAAUUAUGAAGCCCAUGCUUGUGUGAUUCAUCAACCUUCAGAUAUUUGUGGGACUAGAAAGAUUUCUGGUUUCUCAAAAAUGGCAAAACUCAGCCUAACUAGUGCUUCGCCACAAUUCCAAGAAACUGACAGCACAAAAGUAAAUUCACCUGUUCUGGAUUCUGAUAGAAGUUCGGAAAAAAAUGCUUUUGCAUCUGAGGAUUCACACUUUCAUAAUGCUCCUGUGCUGAAAUCAGAAAAGAAAGCCUUAUCUCAUAGAAGGAAAGAGAAUACUCAUUUCCUAAGUGGUGGUAUUAAUAACAUGUCUUCCUCCAGUAACUCUGAAGAAGUUAGUGUGGUUUUAAGUUCACAUAACCCCCCAAAUAAUUUCAGUUCUGUAAAAGUUACCAUAGAUGCCACACCUGAAGGUGCCUCUCUGACUAACCUGCUGUACCCUAAGUGCUCUUAUUUGAAAUUGGAAACAUCUGUCCCAACAGGGUCAGAAGUGACCCCAUUUGAGGAACAUUUUGGGAAUCCUACUGGGAAGGGAUCUCUUGAUUUCCCAACUGCUGCCCAAUUUGACAAUCCCAUGGAACUGGAGACUGGAGCAGUUGCUGGGGCUCCAGCGUCAGUUAACAGCUCAAGCCAGCAGUGUUCUGAAGCAUCUACUGAGCACACAGAAGCAAGGAGGAGAGCACAUGACCAACUUUUGGACCUCAGAAGUGGUUUACUGAGAAAGGCUGAUACAUUGAUUAGUGAAAUUUUUAACUCUGUCAGGGAAGAAUUAAAAUCCAAACACAGAGUUGCUACCUGCCGGGAGCAUAUAGCCAUAGAUGGCAUAAUGAAUCCAGGUACUCUGAAAGAAGACAUCCGUGAGAAAAAACCAUCAGAAGUGACACUGACCGGGAUUCAACUGACGGAGCAUUUGGAAGAGCAGGGCAUGGAAAACAGGUCAGCUGCCCGAGGGGAAGAAAAGGUCUGUGUUUCACCUACAGUUGGUGAGAAGAGUCUCCUUUUUGAUUCUGAUAGAAUGAAUUUAUCUUGUUUGUUAGAAGAUCAAGCUAGGGAAUUAGUCAAUGAGAUUAUUUAUUCAGCCCAAGAAAAUUUGACAAAUGAAGCUUUUGAAGAUACUGAGGAUACCUGGGAUUCUGAACUUCAGGCUAAUACUUCAGGAAUUCUGAACAGUGAUAGUGUUAAGCCACAUGAUACAUUAAGGGAGUUCUUGGUGUCUGAACAGGCAGUAAAUCAAAGCACGUGUGAAAUUAGUGAAAAUAAAGUAUUAGGUAGAUUCUGCUCUGUAAGUAACUUAGUUAAUGACACAGAGUCAAUUAAAGGAAGAGAAAUUGUUCUCUACCAAAAAUCCCCGUUUGCUGGAAAUGGAGCUGGACAGUCUGAUAGUAUAAAUUUGCUGAAAUCGGAUACUGUUUUGCUAGCCAAAGACACACCCCAUAAAGGGUUAGAUAAUAAGGUAAAAACACAUUUAUUUUUCAAAGAGGACUCUAAAGAGAAAGUGGAAAUAGAGUGUGUGGAUAAUCACAAAACUGGGACAGAGAAUACAAAAACUCUUGUAUUAAAUUUCAAAUGGCCUCCAUUUGCAAAUGAUGACCUCCAUGUACCUGGGACAUCCAAAAGCAGUUUGUCUGAUAGUCUUGUGUGUAUAUCUGAAAAAAGCUUGCUGGGACACAGUAAUAAAAGCACACUCCUUACAACGUCAGAAGUAGGGAAAGUACACAAGAAAGAUACUGAAGUAAAUAUGGGGGAAAUGGAGCUUAGACCUUCCAUGUUAGAACUGGGAGAAACAAACAAAAUGGAUGCUGAAUUGAAUUUUAUGAAAUAUGAGGCAGUCCCUCCUGUGUCAGAAAUGGGAAGAGCACAUAAAAAGGAAGCCAAAUUGAAUAUCACAAAAACUGAGCCAAUAGCUGACAUUCUUAAAGUGGGAGAGGUAUACCAAGUAGAUGCUGAGAGGUAUAUUGAAAAAACUGAAGGAUUACCUGCCAUUUUAGGAAUGAAAAAAGCUUAUAAGAAGAGGGAUGUUGAAGGAGAUCUUGGCAAAACUGACAUGCUGCCUGUUAUUUCAGAAGAGAAAAAUAUCUACCAAAAAGAUGCUGAGGUAAUUACUAGAAAGACUGAAAUAAUACCUACCACAUUAGAGAUUGAAAAUAUUUACCAAAAGGAUGCUGAAGGGGAUAUUGUAAAGACUGAGGUGAUACCUGUUGGAUUAGAAAUGGAAAAUAUUUACCAAAAGCAUGCUGAAGGUGAUAUUGGCAAGACUGGGAUCACAGCAGUUAUGUCAGAAAUGGAAGAUGUCUACCAAAAAGACUUUGAGGGGAUUACUGAAAAGCCUGAAGUGAUACCUGCCACAUUAGAAAUGGAAGAUAUUUACCCAGAGGAUGCUGAAGGGGAUAUUGAGACUGAGGUGAUACCUGUUGGAUUAGAAAUGGAAGAUACUUACCUAAGAGAUGCUGAAGGGGACCUGGACAAAACUGAGGUUAUGCCCAUUAUGUUAGAAGUGGUAAAUAUCUAUGAAAAAAAUGUGGAAGGCAUCACUGGAAAGACUGCAAGACCUGUGGUGGAAAUAUCUUAUCAAAAGGAUGCUGGAGAAGGUAUUAGGAAAACUGAAGUGAUAGAAGUGGAAGAAGCUCACAAGGCGACAGUCCCUGCCUCCUUAGAAAUGGAAAAACCAUGUAAGAGAGAGGCUAAAGAGACCCUCGGCAUGAUUGUGUCCAUGCCCUCUCCAAGAGAAAUGGAAAGAAUAUCUCCAGAAGAUUCUGAUGAGGCUCUCAGGAAACACAAAGUGUAUUCCACAAUGGUAAACAUUCAGAAAACAUACAGAACAGACCUGGACUUGCCUGUUACACAAGCAGAGGCCAUGCCUCCCAUAUAUGAAGCUGAAAAAACCCCGCAAAAGUCUGGUGGAGAGAGUGCUGGAGAAAUGGAGAGAGAGCCCCCUGAGAGAAAGGAAGGCUUGAUAGCAUGUGACAACAGACUUGCCUCCUCCUAUUUCAGGGGAUAUGAAUCACCGACAUUAAGUAAGGAUUAUGAAGGCUACCCAGUUUUAGCAAUGCCGGAUUUUCAACCUGAGGGUACCAUAGGGAAGCUAGACAGAAGAACAUCUGUUAUUGCAGUAGAUAACCAAAUAAGGGAUGAUAAUUAUAGCGAUGAAAAAGAAGAAUCUAACUUGGCCUUCAUUUCUCAGGAUGAACAAGAAAAUUCUUCCUUUACUAUAUUAUAUGAAGAACCCCUUCAAGAUGAGGACAGGUGUGCCACCGCAGAAGUAAGAAGAACACACACUCUCUUGUUUCCUGAGACAUCUGCUGACAGCAUGCCUGUUGUCGCAUGUGAGGGGUCUGAGAGCAGAACUGACCUCGUCCAUCAUUUUGAAAAGGAUACUAAAUUAGGUGAGACAUUUGAUAGUGAUAGUUCAGAAUCGUUCUUAUCAGUGGAGGCCAAAAGGUACAAAAUUUAUCCCUUAGCUUUGUCUCCCAUUUAUGAGGAUGACAGUUCUCAGGAGGACAUUCUGUCCAACGAGGUCUCGCCUGGUCACCAUGGCUCCACAAAAUCAAGAGAGAGUGCAAGCCAGCCCUCUUCUGUUUUAUCCCUUCUGCAGUCUGUAUCAGAGCGUUUAAAGAUGAAUUUUGAUGAAGACAGACAGGUGGUAGGGGAAGAGGAGGACGAGGACGAGGAGGAGGAGGAGGAACCGUUACAUAAAGGAAGCCUGAGAGCUAGGAGGAAGGAAGCCUUCAAGCGGCCAGACCCUUCCAUUGCAUUUUACCCCGAUGAUAGCCAGGAAAGGACUGGAAUUUCUAAGAAUUCAUAUGUAAUGUCAAAUGAACCUGCUACCUCCAAUCUGCAAGUUGGUCUGUGGCCAGAAAAGUCUUCAUUUCUACAAAAAUCUGACCUUACUUCCAAACUACAUUCUUCUUUAAAGAGUGCUUAUCAUCAGUAUUUGCAGACUUCCAAAACCCAUUCCUCAGAGAAGGGACCCCGAUUUGGUGGGAUUUUUCAGGAACCAGUGUCAAAAUACUUCAGUGCUCAGGACAUCUCAGGCAGAUUAAGCCCGUUCACAGAGAAUAUUAACAAACAAAUUUUGAGGUGUAACCCAAGACCUGGGAAGAUGGUUAUCUAUGAUCUCCAUGGAAGUAAAUAUAAGCAAGAGAUCUACUGUAGUAUUCCUGAUGCUACAUCAUGGUCCUUUCCGAAUGGGGUACUGAUAAAAGUUGUAAGGGGCUGCUGGAUUUUGUAUGAGAAGCCACAUUUCCAGGGUCAGAAAUGUGUGCUGGAAGAAGGGGAAAAGGUGUUAAAUCGUGACUGGAUCCUUCAGAACAGGAAGCAUCCACAGAGAGACUUUGUAUUGGGUUCUAUCAAACGUGUCUUAAAGAAUUUUAUAGAAUCUUCUAUCACACUGUUUGAAUCUGACCUAGAAAGUGGGAAGUUUAUUGACAUUACAAAUCAGGAAAUUUCUGACUUGGAAGAAGUCGGCUUUGGCAGUGAAACAAGAUCCAUUCACGUUAAAAGUGGAGUAUGGGUUGCCUACCAGCAGAAGUUCUUUUGUGGAGAACAGUACAUUCUAGAGAAAGGGAAAUACAAAUGCUUUUUUGACUGGGGAGGAUCAAAUAAUAUAAUCAUGUCAAUACGACCUAUCCAGCUGGAACCACUUGGAAUAAAUGAGCCUCCACAUUUGCUCAAAGCAUUCAGUAAACCAGGGUUCCAAGGUGAAUGUGUAGAUUUUACAGAAGAAAUUUCUGAUUUGACUUCAUUCACGCCAUGUUCUUUUAAAGUUCUUCGGGGUUGCUGGCUCCUGUAUUACCAAGAGGACACUUCUAAUAACCAGUGUGUGUUAGAAGAAGGCCUCUAUGCUGACCUUACUUCCUGUGGCUGCCCAACAUCGAGAGUUAAAUCUCUCAAGCGCAUUGACUAUGUUUUUGAAGAACCCUCCAUUAGCCUUUUUGCUCUGGAACACUGUGAAGGAAGAGAGUUACAUCUAGAAGAGGCUGUGAACUCUGUUCUGAACAAGGACCUGCACUUCUACACCCAGUCUGUCUGGGUAAAAAGUGGACUGUAAGUAUGGGACAGGGGCUUGAUCUGUUUGAGUCAGUGUUUUAGGAGAGAGUUGCACAGUUGCUUUUUAUUUCCCCACUGCUGCUGUUGUGUGAUCUGAAGACACUGUUACUCCUUUACUCGCUCAAUGUAAUAAUAGUAGUUUCUGUUUCAGUAAGAUAAGACCAUGGACCAGGUCCCGUAUGUAGUGGCAUGCCAUGGUCUGGGAGAAGAGCCCUUUGGGGGAGAAGGGCUGCCAUGUGUUCAGAGCAUGCGUCUUAGAGUAGGUAGACCAGAUGACCUUAACCAGUUGAGCCCACUUCUCUUUCAGGCGAUACCUAACGAAAUCGAUAGCUUCUUUGGUUGACACCAUUGCCUGCCUAAGACAACUGACUGUUUGUAAGACUGAUAGUGUUUUGUUGUCUUUUGAUUUGGCAACUUGUUUCCUCUAGAGCUCUCUGCUCCAGGUACUUAUUUUCAUGCUGAGGAUCCUGAGGUGGACCUGGCCUACCCACCAGUGGUGCUGUUCAUUUAGGUUGUCGGGGCAGAUCCAGGGUGUGUGGGGCCUGCACUUACACAAUUUGGGAGACUGCUUUACAAAAAGAUAUGAACAAUUAUGGACACAUAAAUUAGGUAUGAACUUGCAUAUUUAUUUAGAACAAAAAUGGUAUGAGGCCUGCCAGUGAGGGGCCUUGAGGUUAAGGCUCGAAGGCCUCAGGGCAUUUCUAGAGCGUGGGCAUGGAAGCCUGCCCCUCCUCCUGAACUGUUGCUGUUUGGUACCAAAAGUCAACUAAACACACAUAGCUCUAGAUGAUUAAUGUAAAGAUGAUUGUUUUUAUUUCUUAUGACUUUUAAAUUGUGUGAUAAUCAACUCUGCUUGUAUAAAUAUCUGGGGAUAACAUAAGAGAGAGCCAAGAAUAUAAAUUGAUUUGAAAAAUAAGUCAACUAUUAUAAUAAAUGGCUUUUGAAUUAUUCAUAUGUAUAGCAAUUUAAUUUUUCUUCUUCAAAGCAAUUGACAUUGGUAUUUCUUAAACAUAAAUUCACCUACUCUGUCUAAGCAUAUUAAUCGCCAUACUAUAUUACCAGUAUAUUACUUACCACCUAACUAAGUCUGUUGGAAUUGAAAUCUACAUCCUGUGAUACAGGACUUUUCACGGCAUUUUUAUACUUUAUUUUCCUAUGUGGAACUGAUAAUUACUGACUUACCUGUUGUAAUUUCUUACCAGCUUAUUUCAGUCUUUUGUAGAAAACUGGUACUGUUUUACCUUGACAUUAUUUCUUCUCUUUAGCUUACUAUCCACCUACUCUCCCUGUUCUGGAUUCUCUGUUAAGAGAAUGGGAACACAGAGUAAGGAAUAGAGAAGGCUGUCCGAAGAUUUUCUUAGGCUACAGAUGGCUCAGAAUAUGACUUAAUGCACAGCCAGCUACCCUCAGUGACAAGUUUUGUUUAAUCCUCAUAUUAUCCCAUAUCUGUGAUUUGUGAUUAUGAUGAAGGUCAAGCUUUAAUGCUUUUCUGCUGUGGAAUUCGUUGAGAUUAAUAUAGAGAGAAGUGUAGUUUAUUAAAGUCUUGCCUAGGUUUUAUAACUGAAAUUUCCCUGCCUGUUUAAAAAGUCUACACAGCUGGAGAGGUAGGUAAGCAUCUCCAUCGUCAUGCUGUCCUGACUCUGUACCAAUCUGUUGGCUUAGAUGUGUGUAGGCAAGAAGGGAUGGAGGGAAGGUCAUCUGUCCUGUCAUACAUCCAUGAAAAACCAGGCCAAGCCUGAUCUUGAGUGUGGGGAGCAGGGUGCUCUGUCUGAACCAAGCAAGGUAGCCACCUCAUCUUCCACACAUGUUCCAAAAGCACUGUUUGUGGUGACCAGAGUCCUGAGAAUUUCAGAUCCUCUUGGAAGUCCCAGUCGAUUCCCCUUAGCUAUUCAGCUUGAUAACCACCUACAUUAGGGCUUGGCAGCCUUUCUCUGGAAAGGACCAGAUGGCGUUUUCAGUUUGUUGGCCAUCCUGUCUCUGUCACAAUGUAAAGCGCGCCAUUGUGGAGUGAACACAGAUGGUGUCAGUUAAGGAAUGGGGGCAGCUCUGAGCUCAAGACUCACCUCGGGCCCUCCCUGCACGUUUCUACAUGCUCUAACUUGGUCCAAGUGGAAGGCCGUAAGGGUAUUGAGAAGGAUUUGCAAAAGAGCUUGGGCCUUGAAGCAAGAUGGGAUUUCUGUGGAUAAUUUUAAGCUAUCCAUGGUGGCCUUGGGGAAAUGAUGGAAGGAGGUGUGUCUGAGAGGUCAUGGAGCUGCCUGGAGGGGCCCGGAGCACAUGGGAGGAUGAGCCCAAGAGUGGGAGCGGGACCAAGAGUGUUGUGUAACCAGGAACAGUGAGAGGCUAUGGUCUGUCUGUGAAGGUUAAACUGUUACGAAAAAAGUAUUAUCAAAGAAACACAGAAUUUUAGGCCUGGCAGGAACCUUGUUUUAGCAGGUUAGAAACCAGAAUCCUAAUCGAAUGGAAAUCUUCUGAGCCUCCGAGCACUGGGCUUUCACCUAGUCCCU